UGCGGUCUGGCGUUUAGUGCGCGCGCCGUCACGAAAUCCUUCUCGCUUUGACUGUCAACUUCUCUUCCCUCACUGACAACGUCAAAGGCUGGUCGGCUCGGUGCCUGGUCAAGUUUGAAGCAUCUUUCAUGCCGUGUGGUAGGCAAAAGCGGUGUGUGCCGGAGUAUAAACGACCAUGAAGGAUCAAAACUACACCGAAGAAGUAACCAGGAUACUUCAGGAAACUCCAUCGGCGAGAGAGGCUCUUUUGGAAAACUACACAAAUUUGUUCAAUGUGGCCGACUACUGUGAGAAAAACUAUCUCGAGGCCGGCGAUGAGUCUCAGAAGGCCCUGGAGGAGACUAAGAACUUCACCACCCAGUCUCUGGCCAGCGUGGCCUACCAGAUCAGCAACAUGGCCAGCAGCUUCCUCAAGCUGCUGGAUGCCCAAACCUCUCAGCUGGGCCAGAUCGAAUCAUCUGUCAACCUCAUCGGUCAGACGGUGGACAUGCACAGAGAGAAAGUGGCUCGCAGGGAGAUUGGUGUUUUCACGGCGUCGAAGAGGGUGCCUCGCGGCCACAAGGUCAUCCCUCCGGCAACGGGCAAAGAGCCCAAAACCAAGUACUCCCGCACGCCCAUCUCCUACGCCGCCCUAGAUUCCCUCGGACACGGCAUGAAGGACUCAGGGAACCCCGUCGCCCGAACAGCCACCAUGACACGCAAGCCUGGUGGCACACUCGGGAGAAGUAGCCGGCCCCCUGAGCCAGUGCAAUGCCCGGUGGCACCAACCAUGUCUCAAGGCUCCUCGCUCACCUCCCUCAGUGACCGCUCCACAGGUUCAAGUUUUGGCAAGGCAGUGCAGCCUCCCGUGGUCCCCAGCUGGCCCGCUCCUGAGGCUGACAUUGUCAGCAGCCUCCUGGAGGACGGGGCCCCGCCACCACCACCACCACCUCCACCCAUGGAGGAGGGAGACGCUGCCAUCCCACCGCCGCCACCCCCAGACCUCCAGGACUCCAUCCCCAUCCCGCCCCCACCUCCUCCGGCCCCCUCCACCUCCUCCUCUGCUGCAGCAGAGUCCACAGAGGGUGCUGCUGCCCCCCCACCUCCACCUCCACCACCUCCUCCUCCUCCCGCACCCAUGGCGGCCUCGCUGCCCCCUCCACCACCCGCACCUCCUCUGGAGACAGUUGCAGAGGAGAAUGGUUUCCCCCCUCCCAUCACGAUGGAGGACGCACUCCCUCCUCCAAUCAGUGACUGCUCUGACCUCCCAGCCCCUCCCCCUCUCUCGCCAUUGGACAACAUGGAAGAUCUGGAGAUCCCGGCUCCGCCACCUCCUCUUGACUUCGACGGCUUUGAUGACAUCCCACCUCUGCCUCCCCCGGUGGACUAUGACACAUCUGUCCCAGAUAAUUACCUAGAGAAAGUGGUGGCGCUAUACAGCUACGACACGGGCAACUCAGACGACCUGGCCUUCCAGGAAGGGGACGUCAUCUAUGUCACCAGCAGGAACGAGGACGGCUGGUGUCAUGGCGUGCUGAACGGCGUGCAGGGAUAUUUCCCCGGGAAUUAUGUGGAACCCGCCAACUAAUCAGCCAAGUAAUGGGGCUCUGAAGGGACAAAAGCCGGGAACACAUGAACUCGCACGCGGCGAAAAUGAGAAUAUUGAUUUUUCUUUUUUUCUUUUUUUUUUUUGCUUGCCUCAGAACAUGCACAUGUUGUGAUGCCUGGCCCAUUAAAUGCUUAGGUCAAAAGGUCACUGAGCAGAAUUGGCAAGAUAAUAAGAUUUGGUUUCCCACUAGGGGAACUCUAAUAUAUAAAGGUGAGUGCAUGUCUGUUAUGUAUGUAGGCUACGUGUGCGUGUGUUGCAUGCAUGCAGCGAGGGGUUUAGACCAAAGUUUGGCCGAGAUGUUGCCUUUAAACCCCUUGAAAGUGGAUAAAGACCUGUAAACCUGUACCUUUUAAGUUAGUGUCCAAUUAACAUAAAAAGAAAACAACUUCAUGUAUCAGCCUCUAACUUCCCAUCUGUUCGUGCAUCACCAUAGCAGGUGAAUACCGUAGGUGUUUAGACAAAACCUUUUUUUUAGCCUUUUUUUAAAGAAAGUUUACUGAACAAAGGUGGAAAUCAGAGGCUGAUAGUUAGGUGAUGCAUGCCACAGUGUCAGUGUGAAAACAAAGCGUCUAACCUGUGAAGUUGUCAUGAAGGCUCCUUGAAGCUAUAGCAGCACGCAUCUCUUUAAAGUCAGCUGCCUGAUUCUUCAUUCCUCAGCACCUACGGUAGACUUGUGGCAAACCAAGACCCUCAGAGACAUUCACUGUGAUACAACAAGGCUCAAUGCUCAUACAUGUUUGCACGUGUCCUGAGACUAAAGAGCAAACUUUAGUCAAUUAGCAAUGCACUAGUAAGAUUACAAAGGACCUGGCAGUAUUAUAUUAAUUAACAGAGAGGCGAGAAUAUCUUUAAUUCCACCUCCUGGCUGCCUUUUAUUUGAGGAGAGAGCUGGCACAGUAUUAUAUCAUUCUGUUUGUUUUUGUUUAGGCAUAUUUCAAAAUAUUUUAUGAACUGUUUCGUUUUUUUAAAGCCAGUAAAAAGAUAAAAGUUUUGUAUCUGACAAGAUUUCAAAAUGAUUAUCGCACAUUCUCACUCAUGUUUCAUGUCAAUGACAAACUAAUAUUCUUGAAUUAAUGCAAACUAAAAUAAAGUAAUAUAUAACUUGUAGAGCAAGGUGAAAUUUGUAUAUAUGGAUUUGAAACAAUGUUUUGAUGUAUUACAGGGAAGAAAAAAGUUUUACAUUUAAUUUUUGUGUGCCCUAUUUGAUGGCAGAAUUAUGUUUCUUUCUAAUUUUGAAAAAUAA